AUGGAGGAGUCGGCGUGCUCCGCCGGCGCGCCGGGGACGACGGGCAUCGUGGUCCGCCUGAGGCUGCCACGCGCGUGGACGCCGGAGGAGGACGCGCGCCUGCGCCGGCUGGCCAAGGAGAACGGCUUCGGCCACUGGCACCGCGUGGCGCGCGGGAUGCCGGCGCCAGGGCGCUCCGCCAGGUCCUGCCGCCACCGCUGGCGCCACCACCUCGCCCGCGACGUCUACCACCGCCCCUUCACCGCGCGCGACGACGAGGAGCUGCGACGCCUGGUGGCGCGCCACGGCGCCCGCCGCUGGAAGGACGUCGGCCGCGCGGUGUACGGGCGCACGUCGCGCGUUAUGAAGCAGCGAUGGAGGGAGAUCCGCGAGACGACGACGGCGACGGUGCAGCAGAGGCCGGGCUGCUACUACGACGCCGACGACAUUCUGGCUUCGACGUUCGCUUCGUGCAAUCUUGCCAUGGACGCCAUGGAUCCCAGGGCAGGAAGCCUCGCGUUAGGUUUUGCCUGCAUGGCGGUUUGA